AGAACAUCCUUAAAGCUGCUAAAAAAGGUAUUCGCUGCCUCCACACCAUGUCCGAGUGCAGCGUGGCCUCAAGACGUGCUUGGGAAUUAUGCGAUUGGAAUUUCCGUCGUCUCGCUGCAGGCCUGAAAUUCAACGUGAGUGAUAUUCCAACCACCAAUUACCAGUUAGAUCUCUACGGCAGUACACAACAGCCGCAGCCGCAGCCACAGCCACAACCUCUACAGAAUAAUGUCAACCCUCCUGUCGCCACAAUGGCCACUCAGUUCCCGGCUCUUGCGUCCUCCACGCCCGUCUUCAACCCCUCAAUCCCAGACGACGUCCAACCUCACCCGCUUUUCCAAGAUCCGAUGGCAACGACAGCAACCAUGACGGCUUUCCAACAAUACCCAGUUUCCACACCUUUCUUCACCUCCCCGCGCACCGAAGAUCCCCUUCUCUUCGGUGGUUUUGGUACUCCUACCACUGCAGUUCCCAAUGACACGUACUUCCCCAACGACCCUAUCUCUGGUGAAUCGGCCCUACCGUUUUUUUUAAAUUCAAGCGAGGAGUAUUGGGAUGAUUAAUUUAUUUGUGGUCAACGUUAAGUCACGUCAUAUUUUCGAUAUACCUUCGGAUCUUUCUCUUUCUGUCUUUGCACAUGGUUCUGGAUAUAAUGUUUCUACUCCUGUGAGAGUUUUUUUGAGGAUGUUGCUUAUACACCGUUUAUUUGGCUGUGUUCUAUUUUGUUCUCGUGAGACUAUUAGUGCUUCUAAUAAGUAGCUGGCUUGUAUUUGUAACUACUUUAUUACAAUUAACGUGGAAAAUACUGGGACGACAUAUUCUGAGCAUGG